AUGCCAAAGAAAAUCCUCACACUUUCACUUCUCUUGCUCUUGGCCGCUACGGUCUCCCACGGCCGGCCUUCCGUAACUGUGCCUGAGCUCAUCGAGUUGCUCACAUCAACGAACAUCUUUGAGAACGAAGCCAAGCUCUUAGAGAAACAACGACUCACCAUCAACUACCCCAACUGCAUAAGCUGGCACCUUGGUGUUGAGACUUCUAACAUCAUAAACUUCGAGACUGUGCCCGCAAAUUGCAAAGGCUAUGUUGAAGACUACUUGACCACGUCCCAACAGUACCGUUACGACUCCAAAACGUUGUGCAAAGAAGCUUAUUUCUACGCCAAAGGACUUGCCCUAAAGAAUAAUACCUACAAUGUUUGGAUCUUUGACCUAGACGACACCCUCCUGUCUAAUGUUCCCUUUUACGCCAAAUACGGAUACGGGACAGAGAAGCACGAACCGGAGACGUUCAUGAAGUGGUUGGAGGUCGGAGAAGCUCCCGUGCUCCCAGAGACUUUGCAUCUUUACCAAAACAUCCUCGAACUCGGGAUUGAACCAGUCUUACUCACUGAACGAUUCCAAGAGUUGGAGGAAGUCACUCUUAAGAAUCUCAAAGCUGCUGGCUUCCACUAUUGGAAGCAUAUCUUAUUCAAGCCAACGGAUUCGAACAUGAAGACAGCGAACUUCAAGUCAAAGGAGAGGAAGAAGCUGGAGAGGAGUGGUUACACUAUCAUUGGGAAUAUUGGAGACCAAUGGGCUGAUUUGGCUAAGGACAGCCCUGGGAGAAGAACUUUCAAGCUCCCUAAUCCACUCUACUACAAGAGCUAA